AUGCGCUCCAGUUUCACCAUCUAUCCCUAUUCUCACAUUCCUUACGCCGUCAAGAUGCAGCUCUUCCAUUUUGCUUUCUUAGCGACCACCCUCUCGGCUUUUGCUUUGGCUGAUGAAGACUCGCUAUAUGCCACUGCAGCUACACAAUGUGUUCCUUUCGGUCUGGUAAAUGCCACUGAAAGCAAUGGAGAAUGGUUUGCCACCAUCCAGUUGCGGUGCAAUUGGGAUGGCGGUGCAUACGGCUAUCUCGAUGUAGAUGCAAACGAAUGUUUGACCAAUGAUAAAGGAUAUUUGCGUCCCUCGCCUAAGUGGGUGCCUACAACUUAUCUGCCACGAAGUAUGAAAGCUAAUAAUUUGGAUCUUUAG